UCAUGAAUCAAGCUUGGUACAACAAAUCUUAAAUCAUCAAUUCUCCUCAAGUAUUCUUCAUACAUAAAGUUAUGAACACGAUGAUGAACUUUUUGGAUACCGAGUUAAUUGAUUUUCAUCAAAUUGAUCUUUGGAUCUCAGUAAUUAGUAUUAUUUUUAAUCCACUCUUUUGGAAUAUAAUUGCAAGAAAAGAACAUUCUACUAGGUUUCUUACUAAGAUCUUUGGUUCUCCUUAUCGAGGUUGUUAUUUUCUUGGAGUAGUGAUUUUUUUAAUUGGAAUUAUACGUGAUCAUCUUUAUCAACGAGCACUUCAAACUCAACCUACCCAUGAUUUCCUCAAUCGACCAAUCUUGGCUCGUGCUCUCUUUGCACUCGGUUCAACUCUUGUUGGUAGUUCGAUGUGGAAAUUAGGUGUCACAGGUACUUAUCUUGGUGAUUAUUUUGGUAUCUUGAUGGAUCAAAUGGUCGUGGGUUUCCCCUUCAAUGUCAGUCAAAGUCCUAUGUAUGACGGUAGUACACUUUGCUUUCUGGCCGGUGCAUUACAGUCUAAGUCACCAGCUGGUGUACUCUUGACGGGCUUGGUCUAUGUGGUUUACCAAAUCGCACUCAGAUUUGAAGACCCUUUCACCUCAGCAAUCUAUGCUGCAAGAUCCUCGAAGAAAAAGUGAAGGUUUAUAGAAGCUGAAAGUGGAUUUCAAAGUCAUACUGAAAGUAGAUCUUCAGCGUAUCAAACUCGGAUUUCGAAAACUUCUUCAUAGAUGAUUUACAGGAAAGAUGAUGAUAUUUGAAGGGCGAAGCGAAGGUGUAGAAAAUUGAAAAUUUCGAUGUACUGACCAAGUUCUUGAACCGGAUUUCAGCCUAUCUGAGAGUGUCAAGUGUAAUAAAUAAAUGAAGAUAUAUAUAUAUAUAUAUUCACCGAGCUAAGCUUUGGUAUCCUCAC